AUGGCUUCCCAACGGCCGGCUCCUCCCCGCGGCCGCCGGCCCCGCAGCCCCCGGCACAUGGGCCGCGGCUCCGGCAGCGCGGAGCUGGCCAUGGCCGCACCGCCCGCCCGCUGCCCCGACUGCCCGCGGCCGGAGCGGGGGGGCGGCGGCGGGACCCCCGCCGUGCCACACCUCGGCAUUGCGGUGGACGAGGGGGACGUGCUUCCCGGGGCGCUGCGGAUCGUGCGGCAGCUGAGACCCGCCUGGGAGCCGGCCACGGUGAAGACCAAGCUCUUCACUGACGGCAUCACCAACAAGCUGGUGGCCUGCUACACGGACGAGGGCAUGGCGGACGCGCUGCUGGUGCGCGUGUACGGCAGGAAAACGGAGCUGCUGGUGGACAGGGAGACGGAGCUGAGGAAUUUCCAGGUGCUGCGCGCCCACGGCUGCGCCCCCGACCUCUACUGCGCCUUCCAGAACGGGCUCUGCUACCAAUUCCUGCCGGGAAUCGCGCUGGGGCCCGACCACGUGCGGGAUCCUCACAUCUUCAGGCUGGUGGCCCGGGAGAUGGCCCGAGUCCACGCCAUCCACGCCAACGGGAGCCUCCCCAGGCCCAUCCUGUGGCAGAAGCUGCACAAAUACCUCAGCCUGGUGAAGACGGAGCUCAGCCCAAAGGUAUCCAACGCCAGCCUCCCGCAGGACGUGCCCAGCCCGGAGGCGCUGGAGCAGGAGCUGGCCUGGAUGGAGGAGACGCUGCCGCAGCUGGGCUCGCCCGUGGUGCUGUGCCACAACGACCUCCUGUGCAAGAACAUCAUCUACGACCGGACACGAGAGCACGUUCGCUUCAUCGACUACGAGUACACGGGCUACAACUACCAGGCCUUCGACAUCGGGAACCAUUUCAAUGAGUUCGCAGGUGUGAAGGAGGUGGAUUAUGGCCUCUACCCCAGCAAGGAGACGCAGCUGCAGUGGCUGCGCUCCUACCUGCAGGCCUACAAGGAGCUCACCCAAGGACACCCAGGUGACACCCAGGGACACCCAGGUGACACCCAGGGACACCCAGGUGACACCCAGGUGUCCGAGGAGGAGCUGGAAACUCUCUACGUGCAAGUGAACAAGUUCUCCUUGGCGUCACAUUUCCUCUGGGCCUGCUGGGGCCUGAUCCAGGAUAAAUACUCGACCAUAGACUUUAAUUUCUUAAGAUAUGCAAAGCUAAGGUUUAAACAGUAUUUCAAGAUGAAGCCGGUGGUCACAGCCCUGCAGGUCCCCAAAUAGGUGCCACCACCCCGAGCUCUGUCCUGGCCGUGUCCUCGCACCCCCCUCGCCCCUUGCCCAGCCCAGCCAGGGUCCAGGGCCGGUCCUGCCGGUGGCACGGGGGACAAGAGGAGCUCUGCCCAGGCCGCCACCGCUUCCAGGAGAGCCUGGACACCCCCAAGACUGGACCAUGAGAUGCUGGAGAGGACCACGGCCCCGGCGAGGCCCCAGCCCACGCGAGGAAGCUUCACCAUCGCCUUAAGGCUGAGCCCGGCUCGGCCCCGGUGCCCGGCAGGUCGGUGCCCUGCUGGCGCUGCUGGCCUGGCACUGCCCGCUGUCCCCAAGGAGGGACACGGUGUCACCCCGUCUGCUCGGGAGCCCCCAGAGCCGCCUGCUCACCUUGGUCACCCCUUUGCUGCGCCCUCUGUGCCCUCCUGCCCUGCCAGGUGCCACCAGGGUGCCACCCCCAAACCAGCCCCGUCCCGGCUCCCUGCUGGCCCCAGCUGCGGGAGCGUUUGCCACGAGGGUCUGGGACCAGUGGGGUGGGCACUGGCUGCUCACCCCCCGUGCUGUGCCCAGUCCCAGCUGUCCCUGUCUGUCCCCACCGCUGUCCCUGCCUGUCCCCACCGUCCCCCUUAGCUCGGUGGUUUCCCCCCUGUGCUGCCCGAGCGGCUUCUCAGCUCUGCCUUUGCCCUCUCCCCCAGGGUCGGGAGGUGCAGGUGGGGUGCAGGGGGGGUCCGUCCUGCCUGUCCCCACCCCUGUCCUCCUCCCAUGGCCGUGUCCCCAUCCCCGGGAGGGGGUGGCACGGAUCUGCCCCGCUCCAGGACCAGGCACGGCUUCAGCCCCUGCCCUGCUGAGCCUCGGGCAGCUCCUGGCAGUGGCUGCGCCUUGGAGCCUUGGCUGUGGGGACGAGGUGACUGUCCCCUCUCUGGGCAGGGGGACGAGGUGACUGUCCCCUCUCUGGGCACAGGGACGAGGUGACUGUCCCCUCUCUGGGCACGGGGACGAGGUGACUGUCCCCUCUCUGGGCACAGGGACCUCCCCCAGCCACAACCAGGGCUGCUGGCGCGUCCGUGUUUGUUUUGGUGCGAAAUAAAAGCUGCUGGUAGCUGGAGUUUGGGGGUGGUGGAGCUGGGGGACCUCGUCCUGAGGUCUGGGGGUGCUCCUGUCCCUUCUGUGCCUGGAGAUGUCCCCAUCCAAGCCUCGCUCCUGAUCUGGUGAAGUCCAGGCCCUGCUCUCUGCUCCAAAAAGUCACUUUUAUUGUGCCAAGGGACAGGGGGAGGAACGAUUGUAAACAGGGAUGUGAAAUAUACAGGUUAAGUUACUCGUUGUCUUAUUAACAAAAUAAAGCUCUAUCUAUAUUUA